AAAGCUCUUCCUCUCUCUUUCUCUCUCUCUGCUGGGUCUUUGAAUUCUGUGGAGGAGCUUCUUGGGUUCUCUGAGUUUCUACCUCAACUGGGUCCGAUCCAAAAAAGCUAAAAUCUUUUUUGGAAAAAUUCUCUUUUCAUUUUCUGGGUGUUUUCCAAAAGCUCAGAACGAAAUGGCACAACGUUCUCAUGUACCAAAGUUUGGCAAUUGGGAUGGUGAAGAUAAUGUUCCUUAUACAGCAUAUUUUGACAAGGCCCGGAAAGAUCGAACUGGAACAAAGAUGAUAAACCCAAAUGACCCUGAGGAAAAUUCAGAUUUAGUUCUUGAUAAUAACCUCCCUCCUUCCAAAUCCAAACCCGGAGUGGAUUCAGAGGAUCCAUCUGGAAAGGGAUCAGCGCGAUCAACAUAUGAGUCUCAUAGGAGCAUGGAAGAUGGUGAUCCAAAACAAUUCGUUGACUCUCCCGCUCGUCAGGCCAAUGAUUCCGCACCUCGCUAUGGAGGCCAGGGAGUAGGUUCUGCUGAUAACCGUAAAAGACCUUCGAGACAAAGUACUGGGUCUGAGUACAGCAUUGAGCGUUCACCCCUUCAUCGCCAAGCUAAAACCCCUGGCAGGGACAGCCCCUCAUGGGAAGGAAAGAGUUCCUACGACAGCAACCAUGGUACACCCGGAAGAUCCCGGUUAAGACCAGUUAAUCGAGGGGAUGAAACACCUGAGAAAGGUGCUGCUGUUCCGAAGUUUGGUGAGUGGGACGUGAGUAACCCUGCAUCAGCUGAUGGCUUCACUCAUAUUUUCAACAAAGUGAGGGAGGAGAGACAAGGCGGGGCUGGAAAUGCGCUGGGCACACCUGAGAGACCCCAUGUCAUCAGGAGCCAACCUAGUAAUGAUAAAGUCCAGUGUUGCUGCUUUGGGUUUAGCAAGAAAUGAUCUCUUGGAAAUUUGAAUUGCAUUGUGAACUGAAAAAUGAGGUAAAAAUAGUGUUGUGAAUGGUAAUCACGUGUGUAGCACUUGUAAAUAUCCAUGAGGGAAGACAUCAUUGAAGUGCAUUUGUUGUAACUACGUUAUUUCGCCUUUAAUCUUUCUUUUGAAUGUUCAGCAAAGACAUUUUGCAUGCAAGACUGAAUUUUCUUUCUUGUUAUCUUUUUCUUUUUCUGGCCUCUUGUUGUGUCUGUUAUGCUUUUACGAUUCAAAUUAACUGUAUUUAUAUAAAGAGAGAUUGGUUAUAUAAUUCUUUUCCAAUGAGUUGAUGGGUUGUGGAUCAAGUUCUAUUGUGUUCAA